AUGGAAGAUUGCAAGCCGGUAGCCACUCCAGCAGAACCAGGAAUCAAAUUAAGUGUGAAUUCAACAAGAGAGCAAGUGAAUCCGACGUUGUUUAAAAGCAUCGUUGGAAGUCUAAGGUAUCUAACUAUCACACGACCAGACAUAACAUACGCUGUGGGAUUGGUAAGCAGAUUCAUGGAGAAUCCAAAACAAGAUCAUUGGAUUGCAGCAAAAAGAAUCCUCAGAUAUGUCAAAGGUACAACAGGUCAUGGUUUAUUCUACACGGGAUCAGAAAAUUCGAAGCUGGUCGGUUAUUCUGAUAGUGAUUAUGGGGGAGACUUAGACGAUCGAAAAAGCACAACUGGAUAUCUCUUUCAUAUCGGCUCUGCAGCAUUUUCAUGGUCAUCAAAAAAGCAACAAACGGUGAAGAAAAAAAAUGUGGAGCUAAUGUAG